UUUGGCACCAUACUUUACGACUUGCAGAUGAGACCAGAGAGUAACAAAGGUUAUGUUCUCUCUGCGAGGACGGCAGCUCGCUUUCCGCCUUGUGGCAAGACUGUGACCCCUUCACCACAGCAGUACCAGAAGGAUCACAGCCGGUCCACGAUCGUCCCUCCUGGAAAAUCACCUUUCAACUCCACCACAGAGAGAUUCAAACCCGAAGCAUGUGCAGCUGAGGACAGUCCAGGGCCUGGAACCUACAAGCCUGACGCAGUGACAAACAGGAAGGUGAGCUGGCCGAUGUGCUUCGGACGCCCAGACUGGUCCAGACUGCCGCCGCUGGAAAAGAAGUCACUCAGGGUGAAGUUACACAGUGAAAGGUCUUUGCUGGAGCAGAGGAGCAGAGUGGCCUACCUGAGUUUGUACUAUUAACUCUGCUGGAUGAAAACCAACACUGAC